GGUGCCGGUGCCGCCGCCGCCCGGCUCCCCCGGAAACAGCCGCUUCGCGCGCCGCGUUCCGGGCCCGGCCGGCGGGGGGAUGGAGGCGGCGUGGGAGCGCUGGAUGGACCGAGCCCUGCGCAUGGCUAAAGAAGCAUUGGAAAAUGGGGAAGUUCCUGUUGGCUGCCUUAUGGUCUACAACAAUGAGAUCCUAGGAAAGGGGAGGAAUGAGGUGAAUGAGACUAAGAAUGCUACUCGACAUGCAGAAAUGGUAGCAAUCGAUCAGGUCCUCGACUGGUGUCGUCAACACGACAAGGAUCCUGCGGAAGUGUUUGUACACACAGUGUUGUAUGUAACUGUAGAGCCUUGUAUUAUGUGUGCAGCUGCCCUGCGCUUGAUGAAAAUCCCACUGGUUGUAUAUGGCUGUCAAAAUGAGCGAUUUGGAGGUUGUGGCUCAGUCUUGAACAUCUCCUCUGCUAACUUAACAGACCCUGGGGAACCAUUUCAGUGCAUUGCUGGUUAUCGAGCUGAAGAAGCAGUGGACAUGUUAAAAACCUUCUACAGACAAGAAAAUCCAAAUGCACCGAAAUCAAAAGUACGGAAAAAGGAAUGCAAUAAGUGAUAGUCCUCUACUGAUGAAAAACUGAAAGAUAAAAUAAUGUUUUGUGGGAAAAGAUCUCUUCAGAGUUCGCUUUGAUACAGCAUUUGGGUAUGGAAUGGAAACAUUAAUGAACUUCAAAUAUGUUGAUCUGUAUGGUUUUACUUGUUGAACGUUAUUGGUUUCUGUCAUUUUCUAUGGCAAGUAGGUUGAAUGAUUUCUAAUCACCAAACAUAGCCUUUAUGAAGAACUUAUGGCUUCUGUUUAGUGGGGAAUAUUUUGAAUUAUAGUUCAGACUGAACUUCUUUUCAGCCAUGUAGAUUCAGCAUUCCAUUGGAGUAACUGCCGUUCUGUACAGUUGGAUGGAUGAAUAUCUGUGUCCUUUUGUCUAUGGAGCAGCCUCUUGCUGCUAGACAGAAGGUACUUGUAGAGACUAGAUCAGUACCAAAAGUGGAUAAACAAGCCCCUUAGAAAAUUACUUUCAUAUACAUACCGUACUGCAUAUUGAAUUAGAAUACAGUUAGGAGUUACAAGAGGGUAACAAAAGGACAGUUAAGCAACUAUACCGAUCUUGAAAACUGAAAUCAGAUCAAUGUAACAGUUCUUUGUUUUCCACUGUAUAUCUACUGUAGGCCAAACUUUCAAAGAGCUUCUGAAAAGUCACAUAUGAAAAGGCAGAUAUUUAUACAAAACUACAUGUCUGACUACUUAAUUUGCAUAAACAAAUUCCAGUUUUGCCUGCAUAGUAUUUGUACAUGAAGGUUUUGGAGGUUGCCAUGAAAGUUGGUCCCUCUUACCCCUCUCUUGAAUGUUAGCAUAUAGAAAAAGAUUACAGUUAAGAAUUAAAUCCACCAGUCAAUUGGACUCAUUCUAAACUACUAAAUCAUGGCAUUUGAAAUUUGUAAUCACAAAUGUGAAAACUAGGAAAGGAAAAUGGCAGUAAGAAAAAGAGAACCAGAUGCAUGACAGUCUACCUUUUGGAGCAUUUGUUAUUUUAAAUGUCACUUACAUAUGCUUUUGCUUGGCCAUGCUGUAAUUCAUAAUCCAGAAGAGGGCCUUACUGUUCCACUAAUGAAUAAAAAAUAUAGGUCCAAGUUGAAUCCUUGAUUAUAUUGCUUUUGAUGGAUAUUUAUCUUGAGGAAAAAACAUCUUGUGAUUUAGUCGGCUGAUUUGCAGAAAUUUUGAGAAAUGUCUUAUUUUUUAUUACAGAAGAGAGAUUAGAAUUCUAUGGAUACAAAAGUCAAAAUCACGGUACAAUUACAUAUUUUCUACAAUUAGAGUAACAUGUUGAAAAAGUGGAAUUUUUUGUUUUUUAUGGUAAAAUAAAAAAACUCAUUUGCCACCAGUUCCCCCAACACCUAAGAAUUUAUUUUCUUUAUACAAUUUUCUCAAUGCUUAUAGUUUACUGAAUGGAGGGAAAAGGAACUAAAAAAAAUAAAAAUUGUGCUGGGCUCCUAUAUGCUAUUUUUAAAUAUUACUGUUAUUUACAAGAUUUUAAAAUUAUUCCUUUUGUUUACAUUUUCAGUCUAUUGAAUUUCCUGACCCAUUGGACCUCAGUUUCUGCUGGUCUGAGUCUUUUCUUUCCUAUAACCAAAUAAAAUGUUACUGCAUUUGUAGAUUCAUCAGCAUCAACAGAGAUUAUGUAGUGCUGAAAGGAGAUUCUGUCAAUUCCCUUCCUUCAGUAAGCAAGGGCUACAAGGGACCCUGAAACAGACUGCCUAAAUAUCCACAGUUUAGAUAACAGGUUUAAUGCCUAGAUCCAGAUCUCACUGUGGGGACGGAUAUACCAGUGGUUAAGGCACUUGACUAGUGGUUUGGAUACGAGUUAAAUUCCUGGCUUUAACACAAGCUUCUUUGAUUACUUUGAACAAGUCAUUUUAAGGCCCAGAUCCUCAAAAGUUAUUUAGGUGCCUAAUUCCCUUUGAAAUCAAUGGGAGUUAGGCACCUAAAUACUUUUUGAGAAUCUGGGCCUUAUACUCUGCCUCCAUUCUCCAUCUGUAAAAUGGAUACCAAUACUUCCCUGUCUCACUAGUGUGUUGAAAGGACAAAUUAAUUAAUAUUUAAAACUGAAACUAGUCAUGGGAACCAUUUAAGUACAUAGAUCACUGCUAAUAGGAAAAUUAAAUACUUCUGAAGCCAUGCCUGAUUUUGCCAUCCUUACUUACAUUGAGGACUGCUUACUUGCAUGAGAAGUAGUCACUGAAGUCUAUGGGACUAUUCACAUGAGUAAUAAUUGAGCAAGAACCAGGGCUGAAGAAUCAAGCCGCUGGGUAGCAGGACUGUAUAACGCACACAGUACAGCUGAAGUUGGUUGACACAGUGAGAUUCUAUCUAGGACUUUUGACAAAAGAUGGCAUGUGGGAUUCUUUAGAAUAAACCCAUCUUAGAGGGAGGUUCUUCUUUCUCUAAAAUUGUCAGGAUAUUGAUCCUUAUGACAGGCCAAAUAUACUGCUGGGUCAUAUUUCAGAUAGCAGGGGUGAGAAAGCCUUACCCAAACCACUGGCUUUUUCUAACCUGGUCAGUUUCUAGCUUCUAGGACAAAGUUAUAAUGAAGUGAAAAACCCAGACUAAAUCUGGUGGUGACAUUUUUAAGUCUCUGGUAGGGUUGAUUAUCGCUUCAAACAGGUAAAGCAGAAAAGAAAAAAAGGCUAGUUACAGGCUCCUAAAAAUCUUUUCAGCGUUAACCCACCUGAAAUCAGUGGGACCGCUCACGUGCUUAACUGUUUUCAGGAUCAAGGCUUUUGUCUCUAUUACCAACACUUUUUGUAGCAUUAGAACUGAUGCUAAAUUGGCAUGUCCCCCAGCCUCAUGUUGGUCUGUUUGGGUUCCAAAACAGAUUCUCCUGGGUAUUGAUGAAUCUUUGAUGAAGUACUUGAAAAGGAACCAAUUUAUCUCCUCUGAAAAAGUAAAAUUAGGUUACAAAACCUAUUUCUUUGUCAUGGAAAAUAUUCAUGGAUUUUAGUCUCUCUCUCCUAACUUGAAAAAAUACAU